AUUACAACAUUUUUUCAGUCCUCAUUAAUGGAAUGAAAAAUUGAAGUGAGGACGGAAGAUGAAAAGUUUGUUCUUCAUCACCUUGUGUUUGUCCACCUGUCCGUUUAUGGUGAGCGCCCGUCAUCCAAACUGUAACUUCCUGUUGGAGGUGCAGCGAGACCAGGCGGAGUGUUUCAAGAGGCUGAAGGAGGAGGAGGAGGAGGCCAGCAAACGCAAAGAGUUGGGAUGCAAAGGAUCAUGGGACUACAUAGCAUGCUGGGAGUGGGCUGAGAUCGGAGAGAUGGUGACUAUCCCCUGUCCUAGAGUCCUCAGGACCGUGUUUGGCAGAAACGGGAACAUUAGUAGAAACUGCACUUCAAGAGGUUGGUCGGACGUUUUCCCCAACAUAACCAGUGUGUGUGGCUCGGACACAAGCCAGGAUAAGCUAAUGUUCUACCUGGCGGUGCAGACGUUGUACACGUUGGGUCACAGUCUGUCUUUGAUUGCCCUCACCACAGGGAGCGCCAUCCUCUGUCUGUUCCGGAAGCUCCACUGCACCAGGAACUACAUCCAUCUCAACCUCUUCUUCUCCUUCAUCCUGAGAGCCGUGGCCGUCCUGGUGAAAGACGACAUCCUCUUCUCUCGGAACACGCAGUGCUCCAACCAGCCGUCACUGGUGGGUUGCAAAGCUAGCCUGGUGUUUUUCCAGUACUUCAUCAUGGCCAACUUCUUCUGGUUGUUGGUGGAAGGUCUGUACCUUCACACUCUGCUUGUCGUCAUCUUCUCUGAGAACCGACACUUCAUCGUCUACCUGUUCAUUGGCUGGGGAAUCCCCGCUGUGUUUGUGUCUGUGUGGGUGAUGACCAGGAUUUAUCUGGAAGACACCGGGUGCUGGGAGAGAAAUGACAACCCCGUCCCUAACUGGGUAAUCAACGGUCCAAUAGGAUUUUCCAUCAUGGUGAACUUCAUCCUGUUCAUCAGCAUCAUUAGGAUCUUGGUUCAGAAGCUGAGGUGUCCCGAUGUGGGAGGCAGCGACCAAUCACAGUACAGGAGGUUGGCUAAAUCCACUCUCCUGCUGAUUCCUCUGUUCGGGAUCCACUAUGUGGUCUUUGUUUCUCUCAGUGAAUCCAUCGCUGAAGAUUAUAAGAUCUUCUUUGACUUGGCCCUCGGAUCCUUUCAGGGUCUGGUUGUGGCCAUUUUGUACUGCUUCUUAAACAGCGAGGUUCAAAGUGAGCUGAAGAGAAAGUGGCGGAGUGUGUGUCUCACCUGUCGCCUGAGUAGAGGUCACCACUUCAGCAACAUCUUUGCCUCCAGGAACGGAUCAGAGAACAUGAUGCAGUUUCAUCGCAACUCCCGCACCCAGUCCAUCCUGCAGUCAGAGACCACGGUGCUGUGACAACCAGAGGGAUCCCUGGAAAAA